GCAAUCUUCAGAUUGAAGUCGCGUGUUAACAAAAUUACCAAUUUAAAAAUGGAGUAUCCCGGGAAAGUCAAAAUAGUUUCAACGUACAAACCAAGAAAACACCCAUACAGAGUCUCUAAAGUGUUACGUAGAGAAAUACACAGAACAUAUGACAGGAUCUAUGCUACGAUAUAUGGCCAGUGCGUUGGUGAUGCCAUUGGAUUGCUGACAGAAGGACUAAGAAAAGAUGAGAUUAAAAAGCAUUAUAAAGAAGUGUAUGACAAACUUGAAAUGGUUCAUAAGAAAUGUUUUCCGGACGCACAUCGCAGGAAGUGGCAACAGGGAGACUGGACUGAUGAAACUGAUCAAAUGGUUCUCAUAUUGCAGUCCAUAGUGCAGAAGAAAUCUGUGGUAGACCCAGUGGACUAUGCGAAGCGUUUGAUGUGCUGGUCUGAACAAGGUUUACCAGAACUUGGUGACGAGGGUAGCCCAGGUGUAUGCUCACAUGUUAAAAAUGUUGUAAGUCACCCACAGUUCUCGGAGGAACCUUUAAGGGCAUCGGAGAUAGUAUGGAGAGAUUCUGGAAGAUUUGUUGCCAGUAACAGUGCUGUGGCGAGGACAGCCAUUCUUGGUGUACAUCAGCACGAUACCCUAGGACAGGUCAUCAAAAAUACUCUUGAUAUAUGCAGGGUGACGCAUUAUGACCCAAGAUGUGAAGCAUCAUGUGUUGCCGUGACAACAACAAUAGCCCUGAUGUUACAGAAGAAUGAACGUCACAUAAAGAGAAGUGGCAAAUAUGAUAUAGAGUCUGUGAUAGAUGAGGCAUACAUGUUCUCAUCAAGAUUGUUAAAAAAUGAUAAAGAUAUGAAAGAGUUAAAGGCAUACCUGUACUGCACAUCUCUGAAGGACUUACACCUUGACGAGGCUGGACGUUCCAAUUAUACAUACAAGGCUUUAGGAGCUGGGUUCUGGGCACUGAAACAGAAAGACUUUAGACAAGCUAUACAGGAUAUUGUUCAUGAGGGUGGUGAUGCUGAUGCCAAUGCUGCUGUAGCAGGUGCUCUCCUUGGUUGUAAACUGGGCCUGGAUGCCAUACCCAAAUCCUGGAUGGAACCCUUGAAACAUAGGGUCUGGUUAGAUGAGCUGAUAGAUAGGUAUUUUGAUAUGAUAGAAAGAAAGAAAAGACAGAAGGAAACGGUGGUAUAGUGAUGAACAUGGAAGCUGUUACAGCUGAACAUAUCAUUCUUCUAAUCUUCAAGAUAAACUUUACAGCUGUUGGAUUUUUUCCCUGGCAUUAAAGAUGUUGUGAUAACAUGUUUUACCUCCGCUGGUUUCCAGAGUUAUGAGUAAUUAAUUGUGCUGACCUCCAGAUCGUAUGACAACAAAAAAAAUUUAUUUUUUUUAAUAUCAGGAAAUUAUUGUUUUAUUUCUUAAGAAGACUUUGAAACUUCAAUUUUAAAGAAAGACAGUUUUUAGCCAAAAUCUGAAGGUCAUUGUCUUUAAAAUUUAGAACAGUUAGAGGCGUGAAGAAAAUCUGUUACAGAGAAUGACUUGGGACCGGUUUCUAUUGAGUCUGCGGUUUGUUACUAUGUUGUGGAUCUGUUGUUUAGUCUACUCUAAUGUCUUUUUUUUCACUAAGCAAUUUAUUCAGACACCAAACAAAUGUCCUCCUGGAAUAACCCAUUCACUGAUGCAUUUUCAUCUCACAAUCAGUAGAGCCAACUAUCUCUUCUGUACGCUUGAUCCUGAUUUCAGGUGAACAUAAAAGCUGUACAAGUUUUACCAGAGUUAAAUUAAUGGCCUCUUGGAGGAAAAAAAUCAAAGAAAGAAAUGAAUAUAUGUAUAAAAAGGUACCAUAACCUUUUUUAAUUAACAGCACUUGGUACCUUUUUGCAUCAACCCCGCGAAAAUUUUAAAUUGUCGAAAUUGCUAUUCAGGUUUAAACAUACAUUGAAAUGUAUUAAAAAUAUGUUGAUUAUUAUUUAAUUUGCUGCCAUGAUAGACUGGAAAUGGAUUGUUAUUACAGAAAUGUAGUUAGUGUUUGAAAUUAUUUUUUGUCCAAUGGCAUUGCAGUAUUUUUCAAAUUAUCGGGAAAUUUAUUUUGGUAAAUCAACAUUUCCUUCCAGCCGCCUCAGUAGCCUAGUGGUAGAGCGUCCGCUUCGAGAGCGGGAGGUUGUGGGUUCGAUCCCUGGCCGCGUCAUACCAAAGACGUAAAAAAUGGUACUAGCAGCUUCCUUGCUUGGCGCUCAGCAUUAAGAGGAUAGUGCUAGGUCUGGUCAGCCCGGUGCCAGUAUAAUGUGACUGGGUGGGAUAUCAUGCCACGUGUCUACGGCAUGUUAUUCCAGUGAGGCAGCACUAUAAAGUUGGGCGUUGUGCUUACUGCUACAAGUAGACACGGUCGUUUAUAUGACUGAAAAAGUGUUGAAAAAGACGUUAAACCCGAACACAACACACACAACAUUUCCUUCCAGUCGUUUAUUAACUAAGUCAUAAUAAAAGUUGGAGCUUAAAUUUGUAAACAAAAAAUAAUUUCAAACACUAAAACAGGUUAGUGUUUGUUAGUAAGCAUUUAUCAGAUUAAAUUAGUCUGGCGCAGCAACCAAUUCAAUUUCAUAAAUGCUUACUAAUAAACACUAACCUAUAUGAAAUGAAAUAGAUACAUUCCAAAUUUAUUAUGUAAUGGUUACUAUUAUUUAUGUUGUUGUUUCAUAAAGCAUAAUCAUAGUGUUAUUCAAGAAAUAUUUUUUGUGUAUUUAAGUACCACUAUUUACAUUUACUCACAACUUUAUUGUACUGACUGUUAGUUGUAUUUUUUUGUUAGUGUAUCAUACUAGAAAAAUUUAAAUUCCAAUGAAACAAAUGAAUUUUUGUCAUUUUGAAGCUUCAUUUGGAAAAUGUGUAAAUACUUACCAUGAAAUAUGAAUAUAUAAAACUUAAUAAUUGCAUUUUUAUCAGUCAUUUUAUGGUAACCAAGAUUUUACAAGGUAUAAACAUGAUAAUAAUAAACAUAGAUACUGGUUUGAGUCGUAAAUUCGGCCAGGUUGUAAAUAUUCGGCCACCCGCUAGAAAGCUUUUUCUCGAGCAAGAUGCUUGAGAACGCAUCUGUGUCAUCACAAGCACUUGUGUUAGCAACAAAGUCGGCAAAAAACAACAAGUUGAGGUGAGUAGAAAAAAACUUGUCCUUCGAUAAAGUUGUGUACUCUGAAUAGCAACUAUUUUGUCUCAUGGGUCGCGUGAUGUCAUUGCACGCGCUCGUUUGUGCUGAGGCCCGGCAAGGGUUAAUUCAAAUCUCAACUUUAUAACAGAAAAAGAACAUGCGCUAAUGAGCAUAAAACGCGUUAAAACCAAGAAAAUGAAUAUAUUGUUCCUCAAAAUUAUUGAAUUUCCAUGUCUAGAUCUACGUUGUUUUUUCACGUUGACAUCAUUUCCUUUUGAAUUAUCCCUUUUGAGGCCGUAAGUCGUUUAUGCUUUGCCAUGAAACACGCAGAUAUAAAAGGUGUUAUAAUAGCAUGUGAGCGAAAGAUUCUCUUUACUCUCCUGUUUAAACAUCCCCGAAAAGUGACAAGAACAGCAGUUUUAUGCUAGAAUGUGUGAUAAACAGUGACGUAAAAAUUGAACUACGUCAUAUUGUUGCGAGAAGGAUGACAGGCGCUAUUUAAAUCUCUGUUGGCAAAUAUUUCCCACGAGGUAUGCUAUUGAAAAUUGAUUUGCAGUUUGUUGAAAAAAUAAUAAUUUUGGCUGUAGCAUCGAUUUAUUUCCAAGAAAAUGUUGAAAAUACAUCCAACUUAAUGUUUAAAAAGUGGCCGAAUAUUUACAACCUCUAGAAGGUAAAAUGUGAAGGCUAAACCUGUCUGUUAUUUUGAGCGCGGUUGUAUCUUUUACCGUACUGUAAACGGCCGUUAAUGAUAACAAUCAGUGUUGCUUGUAUUAAAGCACAUAUGGUAGAAAUUUUGUACAAAUCAAAUGUAAAACGAAAGAAAUAUUUAUGAAAAACUGCAAAAAGUGGCCGAAUUUACGACUCGAACCAGUAUAUGGCAUAUUGACUUUAUGUGUUAACUUUUAAUCAUGGAGCUUUUAUUGUAAAUGUCUAUUUAAUGUCAGCAGUCACUUGAAAGACUGAAAAUGUAAGACAUGAAUGAAAGAUUAUUAUUUUGUAGUUGGGGGAAAACAACUUUUUUGUACAUUUUAUGUUAUAUUUUAUGGUAUAUUGGUCUUAUUUUUAUGCCCCCGAAGGGAAGCAUAUUAGUUUUCAACUGUCCGUCCGUUAGUUCGUCACAACGUUAACUUCACACCGUUAACUUUUUGCAUGAAGGCACUUUAUUCGCGAACCACUGCACCCAGGACCUUCAAACCACAUGCUGAGUACACGACCCCUAUUGACUUUUGGGUCAAAGGUCAAGGUCACCAGGUCAAAGGUCAAGACGCUGUGGGGGCAUUUGUCACCAUUAGUGACAGCUCUUGUUAUAUUAUAAAAUUUGUAGCAUGCAUUAUAUUAGCUGUUGUAUCAGUAUUGCUGGCCAGUUUGCUUGUCAUUGAAACAGAUAGUGAGGAUAUUUGUUUGAUUCAGUGUACCAACAAAAUAUCUUCCACAGAUAAAACAUAUCUAGGUGCCCGCUCGUAAUGAAAUAAUGUACAGAGGGGCAGCUGGGGUCUUCCUCCACCAUCUGGAAAGUCAGCAUAUGACCUAUAAUUGUUACGAUGCACCGUUAAACCCAACAAAAACAAAACAAAAAAUGGAUAAAACGCAGGAUGCAAUAUUUCCUCAUGUGGGUCAGUCAUGAGCAAAACUAUAAAAUGUGUGGUGUUCAUGAGUGGAAAAUAUUUGGAUACUGUCAGUCAUGAGCAAAACUAUAAAAUGUGUGGUGUUCAUGAGUGGAAAAUAUUUGGAUACUGUCAGUCAUGGGCAAAACUAUAAAAUGUGUGGUGUUCAUGAGUGGAAAAUAUUUGGAUACUGUCAGUCAUGGGCAAAACUAUAAAAUGUGUGGUGUUCAUGAGUGCAAAAUAUUUGGAUACUGUCAGUCAUGGGCAAAACUAUAAAAUGUGUGGUGUUCAUGAGUGGAAAAUAUUUGGAUACUGUCAGUCAUGGGCAAAACUAUAAAAUGUGUGGUGUUCAUGAGUGAAAAAAAUAUUUGGAUACUACAUUUAAAACAAACAGAUUUUCUGUUUAUUUCUUGAUUUAUCUAACUUUCAUCCAUUUUGUGGUUUCUUACUGGUGAAAACUAUAUUUGAUUCUUUUCCCUGUAUAAUUACCAGACAUAUUCUAAAGCAUUUACUAAUUUCAGCUAUAUUUCAUGUAAAUGUCUGUAUCACUUUUUUCAUUUAGGUAAAGAAUACCGAGUUGCCAUAGCAAAAAAUAUAUAACACACUACAAUCUUUAUAAUCUGUUAACCUUAUUAAGUUUGAGGUAUAAAUACAGAAAAAAAUGAAUGAUUGUAUUUAAUUGUAUAGCAGUUUUCUGGCAAUAUCCUAACACACUAUAUGUAGGUUUAACAACAAGAACUUAAAAAUAAUACAUAGGAAGAAAUAAUGUAUUUGGCAAAAUUAUGUUUGUUUAUAAAAGUUAAAUAUAUCAUUGCUGGUAAUCCAAAGGGUUUUCAUUUUUAGCUUGACUAUACAAAGUAUAUGGUGUGCUAUUCUACUCGACCCAGUGUUAUGCUAUAUGAUAUGACACAUGGUGCAUUAUUCUUCCAGAAAUUUUCCAUGAUUACCAUCCAUACUCGCUUAUAAGGCGCACUCGCUUAUAAGACGCACCCUGAAUUUGGCUUACAAUCGGGGAGGUUUUGCACUGACCCUCGUAUAAAAGACGCAGUCAUAUUUUUAUACCAACGAUAUCAGAAAUUUGUAGAGAUGCAUUAUUUUCUCCAACAUUCUGUGUUUUGUAAUAAAAAAUGGCAGAAAAUCGCCAAUUUUAUUGUGAAAAUGCAGAAUUGAAAUGAAUUAGUAACUGCGGAAAAAAAGCUAAAGAAAGGCCGAAAUUUUGACAAUAUCCGUCGAUUUUAUUUUUGAAAGAGCUUGUAGACUUGUUUUAUAAUAUGUUGAAUAAAAUAAAAUAUUUUAAAACCAACUUUUGUGUGUAAAAAAAUGCAUUGAAAUAACUUCGAAAUGACGUCUAGAAAACAGCGGAAAGUUGAUGAUUUUCGCCUAUUUUAUUUUUGGAAGAACUUGCAGACCUGUUUCAUAAUAUGUAGAAUAAAAAAAAAUAAUUUCAAAAUCCACUUUCAUGUGUAAUAAUAUGCACAAAAAUAACUGUGAAACGGGGAAAUUACGUCUAGAAAUUUGACAAUAUUCGCCGAUUUUAUUCAUAAUGCUUAGAAACGCUGAAUGUUUGGCCAUGUUUCCAUAAACAGUAACACAGAGUGUUUAAGAAAAUAAUGUAUUUCUUGCAAUUAUUCGAGGACUACCGGGAUACGCAAUUUUUAAAUUGCUUUCAAAGGAUAUGCCAUACAUGUUUAUGAUUUUUUCAUUCAAACAUGUGCUGCAUACAAUGAGAAAAUUAAUGAGAUUAAAUAUCCUCACCAAUUUUCCCAAAGUAAUUAACGCAUUUUCAUUUUAUGUGACGUACGGUAACUAAUAAUUUAUUAAUUUAUCACAUAUUUCGAACACACAAAAUUAAUCAUAUAAUUUUAGAGCACGUGUGUACACAAAUUAUUUGCAAACAAAUUGACAGUCGAGUUAUCGACACUAAUCUUCAAACAAAUUUUGAACAGCAAAUUCAUUACAUCAGUUUUUCAUAUCAUAUUUAUUGCAAUUUUCAACGACUUUAACACUACAAUCAGUCAUAAAAUCAAUGAAUCUCAAUUAAUCUUGAUAGCUUUAUCAUGUAUUCACAGUUAUUUUCUUACAUCACAUCAUCAAAACCCCUCAAAUUCAUCAGCAUUGCUAUCACCAAAUAAUUUAUUCAGAUUGUUCACUUGUGACAUUUUCGUCAUAUAUCCACUCAUCACAUUCAUCAUCACUUAUUUCAUCUGUACCAGAAUCCCCGGCUUCUUCGCGGUCGCACACUAAGUCACUGAAUAGUUCAUCAUCUUGAGUACCAUCCAUUGAGUCGAGAUUCCACAUUUGAGGAAGGAUUUGAUUACCAUUUCAUGGGGAAUUUGUUCCACGAAUCUAUCACCCACUAGCACACUAAUGCCAGAUCUGGAUGUUUAAAAUUGCUAGCCGUCGUAAGCUGCUUUUCACCAUUAACCAUCCACUCAUUCCACAUUUUGCAUGUUCACUUGAAACGGUUUAUUCAAACAUACAUCCAGAGGUUGUAGCACAGAAGUACAUCCUCCUGGGAUCACACACCGAUAUGAACGAUGCGAUUUCAGUUUAUCCUUCACUUUAUCAACAAGGUGAGCUCUGAACUUGUCCCACACUAACAACGAUUUCUGAUUCAGCAUAGCACCAGGACGCUUAAACCAGACUUCCUCAAGCCACCUUAUGGGGGCACAUUCAUCUACCCAACCUUUUUCCUGCACAAACACACGAUAUCAGAAGGUAACUUUUCUUUCGGCAUUGUCUUCCGCUUAAACACUACUGCAGGUUUCAGCUUUGUUCCAUCGGCCAGACACUAACACUACAGUGAAAUGGGCUUUGUCACUGCCUGUCGUUUUCACCGUUACUGUUUUAGUCCCCUUUAUAUCAACUGUUCGAUUGCCUGGCAUGUCGAAGAACAUUGGUGUUUCAUCCAUAUUUCCUAUAGCAACCAACUCAAAAUCAUGUCCCUUUCUCAAGUCAAUCACAAACUUAUGAAAAGAGUCAACCUUAUUAUUCAGAUCUUUUGGCAAUUUCUGCGCGAUGUGUGUUUUCUGCCUCGAUACCAGAUCAUGUUUUUUCAUGAAUCGUGAGCACCAAUCUCUUGAAGCUUUAAACUCUGAAUAUCCAUUUUCCUUUACAAGUUGCAAUGCUCUAAAACGGAUCGUGGCACGUGUAACAAUAAAUCCACUGUUGCGCGUAUCUAUAAUCCAGUCUUUCAACUUUCCCUCAAUAUCAUCAUAAGGCGAUAUCACAGUUUUCAUUUUCUUCACAGAUCUAGACUCAACGUUUAACAUUUUGGUUUCUUUAUUUCGCCAGUCUCUCACCAUUUUUUCUAUCGCGCCGAAUUCUCUUUCGGCAGCGCGGUUUGAAUUUGCUUUUGCAUAUUCCACAACUUUUAAGUUUAAUUGUCACAUCGUAAGAGUUCCUUUUGCGUUUCAUUGUUUAUUCCGGCGAUUAAGAAUUGACAAUAAUGUAUCGAUUGAUUACUGAUAAGAUAAAAAAAAAAGCUGGCGAGAUUAGGAUACAUGUACUUUUAUGGCAGUUAAUCUGUCAAAUGAUACGACACAUGUCAGUUAAAUAUGGAUACGCCCCCUUUGAAAUGUUAUCUAAUUGUAUUCCAGUUCCGAGUAGCUAGGCAUCUCUACUGUACCUUCAUUUGGCUAGAGGGCAGCAUUAUAAUAAUUGCAGCCGAUUAUUCUAUGAAGUCGCCAUUUAACAUCAACAGUGUUUAUGAUACAUCUAUUUCUAUACACGUGUAUAUUUAACAGUUUGCACCAUCGAUUUAUAAUGGAUGCGGUUUAGCAGUUUAAAUUUGCAACAGUUAUAAGUAUUAUAUGCAAUUGGCGAUAAUUAACUUUUAAUUACUUUAGGUUUGUGGGCAGAAAAAGUAUUUUCUUUGCUCAGUUAUAUCCGUCAUUUCCAAAGAACUAAAGCUAAUUCUCUAGGUGUUCUAAAAGAGUUUUGAUUUUAAAAGGAAAAAUAAUACAUUUGUAAAUAAAAUACACUUUCGAUAUUGAACUAUCAAAUCGUAUAGUAAGUAAAUAAUAGAUCGUUACUGAGGACUGAAACACGAUAGGUGUCCGUUUAGAUUUUAGUACCGAUAUGCAAUUGCUGAAAGUAGCGGUUUGCAGACUCGGAAAAAAUACAUUUGUAAAUAAAAUAUACUUUCGAUAUUAAUAUAUCAAAUCGUAAAAUAAGUAAAUAAUAGAUCUUUAUCGCUGACCGAAUUACAGUAUGUGUCUGUAAAGUUUUUAGCAUUGCUAUGCAAUGGCUGCCGAAAAAUGAAAGUACCUGUCUGCAGACGCGGAAAUAAGAUGCCCAGAGCUGUAAACUCAAGACCUUUUUAAAUUUCCAUUUAAUUUUCUUGUAGUAUGCGCUUAUAAGAUGCCUGCCCUUCAUGGAACCGAAAAUAUCAUCUCCAAAUCUGCAUCUUGUACGCAGAUAUAGACGGGAUGUCGUUUUUGUACAUAGUUAAUGUUUUUAUACACUUAUCUCAAUCUCUGUUAUUACUAAAUACAUUUGAAACAGACUUAAACUAUUGUUCAAUAUCUUCAUCCACAUUAGAGUUAUAAAACUCCCAAGUAGCAGCUCCAGCUUCCUUAGAUGUGCCCCAUUUUACAAUCCAGCAAUGAAAUAGUCUAGCACGCUGUCUCGUGUGACAGCUCUUGUUCUGUUCACUUCUGAUGUAACACGAAUCUCUCUUUUACAUGAUGCAGAUUUAAAGUACAGUCAGUCUUUGUUCACUCAUACUUGGAUAAUUCGAGCACUGCCCUUUGCUCGAACACCUCAUCAGGUUCUGGAUAAUGUAAAUUGAUGGCUCGAACUACUGAUAACUUGAACAAAUUUUGUCAGUUCUGUUGAGUAUGAGGGUAUGGAGUUUGUAUGUCUAUACCACUGUACUCAUUGUAUUAAAAGAAACAAAAAGGCUCUUUUCUUAUACGCCUGAUUUGGAAAAAAUGGGACGUAUUAUGUGAUGGCGUGACCGUCUGUCAGUCAAAAUUUGUGUGCGGAGCAUAAGUUUAUAACCAUUAAAGGUAUUGACUUUAAACUUGGCAUAUAAGCAGGUUGUGAUGAGACGAUGUGCAGAGUGUGAAGUCAUGCUUAACAGUUAGCAUAGGUGAAAACUUCAUUCUUUUUAUCACUAACUUAUUAAUUCUCAGUGAAAAGAACAACUGACAAUAGUGCAAUGUAAAGGUUUUUUGCUUGGUACAAAAUUACAGUUUUGUGAAGGCAGGUAAUAGAAUGGGUAAAGAUUUCAUACUGGUGCAGAAUUUCAAUAAAUGUCCAAGGUUUCAAAAUUCAUUACAAUUCAAUUCAUCUCUGCAUCUUCAAAAUUAACUUGUAAAACCUCAGUCUUAAGAUUAAAGCAUGCAUCAAGCAGGUGCUUCAUACUGUAUUCAGGUUUCAAGUCUCAACCAUUCUAUUUUUCCUUGUUUUUGUUUUUUUUGUUUUUUUUAGGCAUAAUGCAACUUAACCCAUGUGACACAUGAAAGGAGGCAUUAGAUAUAGGGAUAGUUAGUUAUCAUUUAGGGUCUUCUCUUGGUCUAGGGAUCAGAGUAAGGAGUAACUGAUGUGUUUGUAAUUGAUCAUACUGACUGUCCAUUCAGUAGAUAUAAGUAAAAUAUGCUUAGAAAUACUUACGUGUAAAAUUGUUAUUUUGUUAGCUCACCUGUCACAUAGUGACAAGGUGAGCUUUUGUGAUCACCCUUCAUCCGUCGUCCGUGCGUCCGUCCGUGCGUCAACAAUUUCUUGUCUGCACGAUAGUGAUUUCAUUUAUAAUUUUAUUUUAACCAAACUUGCACACAACUUGUAUCACCAUAAGAUCUUGGUUCCUUUCUUGAACUGGCAAGAUCCCAUUAUGGGUUUCAGAGUUAUGGCCCCUGAAAGGGCCAAAAUUAGCUAUUUUGACCUUGUCUUCACAAUAACAGCUUUAUUUAUGAUUUGAUUUUUACCAAACUGGCACACAACUUGUAUUACCAUAAGAUCUUGGUUCCUUUCUUGAACUGGCCAGAUUCCAUUAUGGGUUCCAGAGUUAUGGCCCCUGAAAGGGCCAGAAUUAGCUAUUUUGACCUUGUCUGCAAAAUAGCAGCUUCAUUUAUGAUCUUAUUUUUACCAAACUUGCACACAGCUAGUAUCACCAUAAGAUCUUGAUUCCUUUCUUGAACUGGCGAGAUUCCUUAAUGGGUUCUAGAGUUAUGGCCCCUGAAAGGGCCAAAAUUAGCUAUUUCGACCUUGUCUGCACAAUAGCAGCUUCAUUUAUGAUCUGAAUUUCAUCAAACUUGCACAAAACUUGUGUCACCAUAAGAUCUCAGUUCCUUUCUUGAACCGGCUAGAUCCCUAUAUGGGUUCCAGAGUUAUGGCCCCUGAAAGGGCCAAAAUUAGCUAUUUUGACCUUGUCUGCACAAUAGCAGCUUCAUUUGUGAUUUGAUUUUAACCAAACUUGCACACAACUUGUAUCACCACAAGGUCUUGGUUCCUUACUUGAACUGGCCAAAUUCCAUCAUGGGUUCCAGAGUUAUGGCCCCUUAAAGGUCCAAAAUUGGCUAUUUUGCCUAUGCAGCCAUAUAGAGACUUCAUUUAUGGUUUUAUUUGAUACAAACUUCCAAAAUAUCUUCAACAACAAUAAAUCUUAGAUUCCAUGACAAAUCAGAUCCAAUCGUAGGUUCCAGAGUUAUUUUAUAUCUGAUUACCUCCCCUGAUUGUAAUCAAAAUGGAUUUAUAUCAGUAAGUAUAGGACUUAUUUGAAAUUUCAUAAUUGUCAUUAGUUGGACUGAGACAAUCAGGGUAGGUAGCUAUGGACUGAUUUUAUGUCAAAUUACCUCCCUUUAUUUCAAAUUAAAAUGGGUAUAUUUCCGUAACUAAUGAAGAUACUGAUCUGAAAUUUCAUUUAUGUCAACAGAUUUAUUUGGCAGAGCCUUCUUUUGUUCACUUACAAUAUUUUUUUUUAAUUACUUCCCUUUUACGUUACUAUAAAUAGCUUAUUUUUAGGAACUUUUUUAUUAUUGGCCGUAGGGAAAAACCGAGACCACUUUUCUGUGGUACAACAUGGAUGGUACCUCCAAUUUUUAGGUGCAUUUUGACAUAUCUGUACCUUGUAAGAAUUGUUUUUUUCUUUUUGGUUAAAUGUCUUCCCAUUGUUGUUCCUCUCCUUUGGACUUAAAUAUUUUUACUGAGGACCUUCUUGUCCUCAAGAGCAAUGAUAACAGGUGAGCGAUAUAGGGCCAUCAUGGCCCUCUUGUAUUGAUAUUUCAUUGUGUGUAAAAACGGAUCUCUCAUUGUAAAAGAACAAAAAUACAUUAAGUCUUUCAAUUUAGAUCUACUAAACCUUUGUUAAUGCUUUAUUAUAUGUAUUAGUGCAAUUUAUUUUGUAAUACAAUUGUAUAUGGGAAAAUGUUGCAGUGUUUUCAAUUUACCAGUUAUAUCUUAGUGCUGUGUCAGUUUCAGUGCUGUGUCAAGGUAUAUAUACACCCUCUCAUACUUUGUUUAGAGAGUUUCAAGGCAACAAGGAAAAUGACAUUUGUUGAUAAUACUUAUCAAAAUUGGCCAACACUGAUAUUUGUUAGCAAUAGUCCGAGCUAUUCUAUUCACCCUUGCUUAACCCCCUUAUUUGUAUUCAUUUUUUGUCACGAAAGUAAUAGAUAAGUCGCACUUAAUAAA